AUGUUGAAGGCGUCCCAAACGCGGUGGAUGCACUUUAUAUUGCAGUUUUUCGCACUUUAUUUAUUUGGCACCAGCGGACUUAUUGAAAUAGUAGAGGAGCAACGAUGUCACGACAAAGAAAUCCGAUUGACUUGUCGGGAGCUGGACACCCAUAUCGCUAUUCUGGAAGCCUGGUACACGUCUAUAGACGAUUAUAACCGUGACCUAAAUACAUCACGCCCAUCAGAGAACUUGAGAGUGAAGACCGAGAACGAUCCAGAGUUAGAUCGAGUUUACGUUUAUUCUAGUCCAAAACACGACGGCGUGUAUGAGUUAACGAAUCAUUCAAUAUUUGAAAAUGUGACGGACUUCACCACAAGCAUAAACGCAAUAGAGUUUAAUGACACUAAACUUUUAAACGACAGUUUUGGUUCGAACGAUACAGUGGAUAUGUCAGUGGAGUUUGUUAACGGUAGUGAGAUGUGCAGUUUACUUUCGUAUACCAGGAGUUAUGCGGGUUGGCAUGACGGCGAAAAGCGGCGGCGGCCUAUCGCGAGAAGCACAUCUAUGAACUUGCGAGCACCGCUAAGUUACCGGUGUACGGGGGUAAACCACUGUAAUUUUCUACUUGAAGAGGACUACCCGCCGGCAGCAGAAUGGCCGCCUGGAGUUAUCUCUAUAAAAUACGCUUGUUUUGAUGAUUCUCUGUCGGUACACUAUUGUAACCGUGAAGUGCAAGUGGCCGUGUCUGGACCGGACAGUGAAGGUUACAUCCGGACGCCCGGAUAUCCGCACUACUACGUGGGGGACGAAUGCCGAUGGAGGUUGAAGGCUAAUCCAGAACAGCGCAUCCGGGUAUCAUUGCUGGAUGUUAGUUUAAGAAGUAUCGGACCUUUUGAAGAACAAUGCACUGAUUACGUGUCGGUGGUAGACUCGAAUGGCGAGUCACUGCUCUCCACUUGUGAACAAGUGGAAUUACCUCAUCGGUUAAUAUCUUUAACGGAUACCAUAGAGGUUGUAGUAGAAGCAAAAUCACAAGGAGCCUACCCAAAAAGAGGGGUUUUACUUCAUUAUAAAAGUAUGGGAUGUGUGACCUUACCACCGCCAUCUGACGGAUAUCUUGUGUACCGUAACGAAGACGUCGCUCAUUACAUGUGUAAUGUUAAUUUUGUAUUUUCUAAUACGCGACAGAGGGCGCUAAUGCUUUGGUGCUAUGAAGAUAAUAGAUGGAAUGGUACCAUACCUUUAUGUAUAGAAGAGGCGACUAUAACAGCCGCCGAGAACGAUUCAGCUCCAGAGAGUCCACAUAAAGAUAUCAAACUGCCGCACAACGAGGCAAACAUGAUAGUCGACAUCGUCAUCCCGUCGCUGUUGAUAGCGGCGCUGUUCAUUGGGAACGCGUUCAUUGUACUCAUCAUAUACAAAUAUAGGAAACGGAAAAACGAGGAUCUGGACGACGAGUUCAACACCAUUCCGCUGAGUGUCAACGGGCUUCAGAACGCGGGCAAUGCUGUUUAG